AUGGACGGGACUUUGCUCAGAGGCCGGAGCUCUUUCCCUUAUUUCGCAGUGAUGGCCUUCGAACUCGGCGGAAUUCUUCGGCUUCUUGUUUUGGUGUUGGCCGCUCCGCUGGUGGGGCUGCUCUAUUAUUUCGUCUCCGAGUCAGCGGGGAUUCAGAUUCUCAUUUUCGUCGCCUUCUGCGGCGUCAGGGUUUCGAGGAUCGAGUCCGUGGCGCGUGCGGUUCUCCCCAAAUUUUACUCCACGGAUCUGCACUCGGAGUCGUGGCGCGUGUUUUCCGCGUGCGGGAGACGGUGCGUUUUGACGGCGAAUCCGACGGUCAUGGUGGAGCCGUUUCUGAAGGAUUUCUUGGGAGUUGAUUUGGUGUUGGGGACUGAGAUUAGUGUGACGGAAAGUGGAAGGGCGACGGGGCUGGUUGGCCGUACGGGAGUGCUCGUCGGCCGGAGGAAGGCGGAUGCUCUUAAGAAUGCCUUUGGAGAUGUUUCACCGGAGAUCGGACUUGGCGAUCGCUUAACUGAUCUUCCUUUCAUGUCCUUGUGCAAGGAGGGUUACAUGGUACCACCCAAUCCGGCGGUGGAAGCGGUUGCGAUUGACAAAUUACCGAAGCCGGAGCAAAAUUCAAAGUUUUACAUCUGUCGGCUUUCAUGUGGGGGCCCUGUUUCUGGGUCUAAUUUUGCCAUCAAAAUUGCUGAAAACUUUGAACUGCUACUUCUUCUUGAAUAA